AGGCAGUGAGUGCUUGGAAGGUCCCCUUCCUGGACACACUAUGGCUGCACGGACUGUCCCCCAUGCCUACCCCAUGAGUGCGGAGUAUGAGUUUGCCAACCCUAGCAAGAUCUACGACCAGAACUUUGGAGAAGGUGUGUCCCCAUGUGAGAUUUUAGCCCCUGCCCUGUAUCAUGGCUACUACAUCAGGCCUCGGAUCAAUAAGCAGCUGGAUCGAGGCACCUCUGAGAUCAGCCUCAAUGAGCACAAAUUCCAGGUGUUCCUGGACGUCUGUCACUUCCUGCCGGAUGAGCUCACUGUCCGCACUGUAGACAACCUGCUGGAGGUGAUGGGGCAGCACCCGCAGAAGGCUGAUCGCCACGGCUUCAUCUCCCGAGAGUUCACCAGGACCUAUAUCCUCCCUCUGGAUGUUGACCCCUUGCUGGUGAGAGCCUCAUUGUCCCACGAUGGCAUCUUAAGCAUUGUGGCUCCCCGAACGGGGAAAGAGAUGAAGGCCAGAGUCAACGAGGUGAAGAUAACCCAGCAGGAGCAGCCAGUGGGGAAAGAAGAACAGUCUGAGGAAGGAGAAGGGAAGGAAGAGUUCUAA